CCAAAGGCCGAGAUCAGAGGAUUGAAGGCUGAAGGCAAAAAUCAGAUAGCUGUCAGUGGGGUCUAUGUGCUAUGCCAUGGCGUAUGUCGUGUACCCACUCACUUCGCCAAUUGACCACGACAGGUAAAAGAGCUGGGUGAUAGACUGCAAACUUAUCUCCGAGGAGUGCCUUCAGGUCUCACCUUCUAUAUUCUUUUGACGUACACUUCCAGUGAUUCAAUCUUCUAGGGGAGAGACCUGUGUCUCAAAACUAGAAAAAGCUACCAGUUAACCACUUUUUUGGAUUGAUCAGCUCUCAAGCCAGCAAAAAUGCCUCCAGCACCACCCGACCAGAAACCUUCCCCUGUGAAGCCCGCUUCCUAUCAGGCACUCAGUGAGACUAUUAUCUUCAGUAAUCUAGAAGAGAAGCUUUGGUGGCAUAGUACCGCCCCUAUUCUUUCAAAGCUACUCAUAUCUUCCAAUUACGAUGUCGACGUUCAAUACAAAUAUUUGUCGCUUUAUCGACACCUGAUACUCCCAGCCCUGGGUCCCUAUCCUACGCUUGACAAGGAAACGGGUGUCAUCGCCACACAAUGGCGCAGUGGAAUGGUGCUCACGGGGCUGCCGAUUGAAUUCAGCAACAACGUGGCACAGGCUUUGAUUCGCAUCGGUGUCGACCCCGUCACUUCUGAAUCUGGCACAGAGCAAGACCCGUUCAACACAAAUCCACCGAAAGCCUUUCUUGAGACAGCCUCAUGCCUGCUACCAACGAUGGAUCUCACACGCUUCUAUGAUUUUCACAAAGAGUUAGUGAUUACAAGCGAAGAGGAAGCAAUCCUCAAGUCCAAUCCGGACAUGUUCAAGAGUCCCUGGAAGUCGCAGAUACUCACCGCGAUGGAUUUGAAAAAACAAGGGACUGUGCUGGCAAAGGCGUAUUUCUACCCACAACCGAAAUCCGCCGUGACUGGUCGGUCAACUGAAGAGCUUCUGGUCAGCGCAAUUCGCAAGUCCGAUAAAGAGUCACGGUUCGAGACCCAGCUAGCCAAUCUUGAAAAUUACAUGGAGCGGCGUCGCCAGGGCCAUGGACCAGUCAUGGCAAACAAGCCUUCCCGAUCCACAGACGCGGAUAAGGUCUUCGACGAAUGUUCCUUCUUUCCUCACUUCCUAGCCACGGAUCUAGUGGAGCCCGCUAAUUCGCGCGUGAAGAUCUAUGCGAGCGAACGACAGGUUGACCUCAAGAUGGUCGAGGACAUUUGGACAUUCGGGGGACUCCGAACAGACCCAGAUGCACUUGCCGGCCUGGAAAUGCUCAGACACUUUUGGUCCGACAUCAACAUGCGAGAGGGUUGGUAUACUAUGCCGCUUGACUUCUGCGAGCUGGGUAAGCCAUCGGCUGGAUUUGAGUGUCCAAUGAUGUUCCACUUCCAUCUUGACGGGAGUUCUGCGCCCUUUCCCGAGCCUCAGAUGUACGUUUGCGUCUUCGGCAUGAACUCACGCGACGUAGUUGACGGGUUGACAAAGUUCUACCGUCGUGUCGGCUGGGAGGACAUGGCAAAAUAUUACAAAUCGAAUUUCCUUGCUAAUUACCCCGGUGAGGACUUUGACCAGGCAGCUCACCUGUGCGCAUAUGUCUCCUUCUCUUACAAGAACGGCGGUGCCUAUGUGACUCUCUACAACCACAGUUUCAAUCCCGUUGCGGGCCUACAGCUUCCCAAUUGAAGAAUUUUGGGUCCUUGCCGUGUUUCCUUCCCAGUACCACGUUAUAUAGAUAGCUCCUUACUGGUAUCGAAGAUACACUGUCUCUCUCGAUCAAAACAUGAAAAGGGUCCUGUCAAGGUUAUUUACAAACGAAGCUUGAAUCUAUAAGAUGUCUCACGAUUUACUGGGCAGUCUGUAACAUUGCGCGUCUGUAAUUUCGGUCUCUAUUAC